UGCUCUUGAUAUAUUUGGUAAAAUUACGAUGCACCAGAGACUUUUUCGGUCUCAUUUUGUUUUCACGAAGUUUAUUAUGCGCUUCCCAUUAGAACAACGUAUAUAUAUUUUUUCAAGGCAAUAAAUACGAUUGAUUCGUAUACGAAUGUACGCGAGCCGAUGAUCAUCUUUUAUUCCUAAACAUGUAAGAUGGAAGUUCAAAAGCGACCGAUUUAAUAACAUUCGCUUUUAACUUAGGCCUGAACUUAAUUUCGCAAUUAUUUUAUUGUAAUUUAAUUUUUGUUCUCGAUAUUUGACAUUUUCUUCAUCUAAGUUUGUAAAAUUUCAUGUAAGUGUGUAAAUUUAAAGACCAAUGAAACACUCCAGUUUAAUUUUAAGUUUCUCCGGCCGUCACGUCUUUUAUCUGCUGAAGAAACAUAUUCACUCCAUAAAUUUUUAAUAGCUAUAUUAUUAUUUUUUAUUUGUCAUUCAAAGCACUGCGUUAAUUUGUCCGGGUAUUCCAUGCGACUUACAGUGCUAUUAGUGCAUUAAAAUUAUAUGCAAAAAUCAGUAUACUGGCUGCAAGCAGGCGAUUUUUAUGUGUUGUUUUCCUGCAGGGACCUUAUCGCUUCUGUAUUCCUGCUUGCCAGGCGCCUUUUCUUUGGCUUGUUUGUAGAAACUACGGUCGAACUUCAGGCUCAGGUAGGAUUCUGCCGCAAAUUCCACACGAUCCUCCGGGAAAACGACACCAUUAAGCGGGGAGCGCCUGCACGGCGAUAUAUUAUUUAUAUUCGCUGUGUAAAAUAUUAAUUCCGCGCAUGGUAAUAUUCGGGCGGUGAAGGGCGCUGUUCGGGCCUUGAUCGUCGGCUAGAGAAGCGCAGCGGGGCUGCCGGAGGUUUAUCGGGGGGCGAUGGGUAUGCAGCACGUCUGGAAGGCGCUGAUGGGCUUCGUGGAGAGUCACGCCACGGGCAUCGCCGCCACCGCCGCCGCUGGGGUUGGUUUGGUGACACUGCGAAUCUGGCUUGCUGGGGGCGUGUGUCACAGUCGAGUCAGACUGGAGGGAAAGACCGUGCUGAUCACUGGAGCCAAUACUGGGAUCGGGAAGGAGACUGCAGUAGACCUGGCCCAAAGAGGGGCGAGGGUCCUCAUCGCCUGUAGGGACCUGUCGAGGGCCAAGAAGGCGGCCGCAGACAUCAGGCAGCGGAGCGGUAAUGGCAACGUCGUGGUGAAACUUGUUGAUUUGGCGUCGCUGGAUUCGGUGCGUCAACUUGCCAAGGACAUCCAGGAGAACGAGGAGAGGCUGGACAUCCUCAUUAAUAAUGCAGGUAUUAUGAUGUGUCCAAAAUGGAAAACUGAGGACGGCUUUGAGAUGCAGUUUGGUGUCAAUCAUCUAGGCCAUUUCCUGUUAACCAACUGCCUUCUGGACUUGCUGAAGAAGUCGGCUCCAAGCCGCAUCGUUAAUGUCUCCAGCUUAGCUCACGAAAAAGGUCAGAUCCAUUUUGACGACAUAAACCUGGACAAUGACUAUGGUCCCCUAAAGAGUUACCGCCAGAGCAAGCUGGCUAACGUCCUGUUUAGCAGGGAGCUGGCGGCUCGUCUUAAAGGUACAGGGGUAACGGUGUACAGUCUACACCCUGGUGUGGUCCGCACCGAGCUGGCGAGACACCAGUUGACUCCCAGUGCCCUGUGGAAGCGGAUCUUGAUCGUUCCCAUAUACCUGCUGAUGAAGACCCCUUGGCAGGGAGCUCAGACCACCAUCUACUGUGCUGUGGAGGAGAGUAUCGCUGACGUCAGCGGUCUCUACUACAGCGACUGCGCCCCCAAGGAACCUGCUCCGCAGGCCAAGGACGACCAAGCUGCCCGGAGGCUAUGGGACCUCAGCACUUCCAUGCUGGGCCUCUGAGGGAGUCCUUCUCUGCUGCUUUGGCUCUAGUCCCAUGUGCUCUUGUGCAGUUUAUGGUUUGCUGUGACCUCCUUUACUACUCUGGCUUGUUGAAGGACAUCAACUCACCUUUGGUUUCAGCUGUUCAUCCACCGCGGACGGAACUCACGUUCUUUGUAUUAUACGGCAGUACAGAUUGGAUUGUGUGCUGUUUUUAUAAACAGUUUGUCUCAGGAUAUUUUAGGCUCAAUCUUAGUUAUAGUCUAAAACUAACAUAUAAAUUAACAAAAUACAAAUUAAAUUAAUAGUGUAGUUUCCAACAAUACCCUAGGAGGACAGUAUACUUGGUUUUGGUAUUUGUCCAGGGUCUAUGUAUGUUGAACCCUCAGCAUGCUUAAGGUAAUCUUAAGAAAUUAAGUAAUGCUUUCAAUCUUAUUUACAGUGUAUAGUUAUGAUCAUAAGGAUUUAUAAAACACUGCAUAUCAAACCAAACAAUGUCUUAGAUGGUGUUUAGGCUUUGUGACUAGAGGAUGCUCAGUGUAAGUACAGUUUAAUAAGGGUAGUUUUCCAUUGUGCAUUUAACAUGUUACAGCAUAUUUUCCAUGAGACCAUUGCAAUUGAGCAAUUUUAUAUAGAGAAAAUAUUUUUGUCUCUGUCUCUUAAUAAAAAUAUCUGACCAUCAGA